GGAAAUUUAAGUAUUUUUCCCUUAGCAUUUGCAUUAGUUGAAGGGGAGAACAACCUAAGUUGGGCAUGGUUCUUUGACCAGCUACACGCCCACGUCACACAAAGAAUGGGUAUUACAAUUAUAUCGGAUCGACAUGCCGGGAUUAAACACGCCGUCCGUGGUUUCCCGGACGAAUGGGGAUGGACAUGGCGUUGGUGUAUUCGUCACUUCCUAGCCAAUUUCCAACACAAAUUUGGCAAGAAGAAAGACAUCAGAGAUCAAUUAUGGAGUGCAGCGGUUGCACAUCAACCAAAAAAGUACGAGCAGAAGAUGAAGACGAUCCGUCAAAUACACCGGGCGGGAGCAGUAUGGGCAGAAGGUCAAGAUCUGCACAUGUGGACAUUUCACAUGGACAAC